GAAUUCACCUCGACUUACUUAAUAUAAUAUCGCUGCCAAAACCAAAAGAACCCGUCACGACAAACUUCGAUGUCUAUCUAUCGGUUUAUCUUUUGUACUGGUUCAAUGAAAUUAAUUUAAUUAGUUAUUUAAUAAAACCUCCGUAAUAAUGGUGAGAGAACCUUCUAUAGCUUUAAAAACUAUUAUGCCAUUUUCAGAUAAUAGGGUAAAACAAAGAAGUUCAGAUUUAGAGGACGAAGCGCCUUUAAUUCAAAAUCAACAUGACGAUUGGGUAGAGUCAUCUCCAGCAUCUCCGGUAUCUCCGAGGAGACGUCGUAAUAUAAGAUCAUCUGCAUCAACGACUAAUGUUCCAUCACGAAAUACUACCAAAGCUAAGUCUCGAACGAUCUCAUUUAAAGUUGCAGAAAAAUUGAAAGAUAAAUUUCCAGCAAAUGUUGUUCGAAAUCAAAAAUAUAAUUUAAUUACUUUUUUUCCGUUGGUAUUUUAUCAACAGUUUCAUAUAUUCAUUAAUUUAUACUUUCUUCUUGUGGCACUAUCGCAAUUUAUUCCACCGUUGAAAAUUGGUUAUAUUAUCACAUACCUUGGCCCAUUAUGUUUUGUGAUCCUUGUAACGAUGGGUAAAGAAGCUUAUGAUGAUUGGAAAAGAUAUAAGAGAGAUCAAGAAAAUAAUUCUCAAAAAUAUCAAAUAAUGACAACUAAAGGUAUUAAGCUAGUGCCAAGUUCAAAAAUAAGAGUUGGAGAUUUAAUUAUAAUUAAUAAAGAUCAAAGAAUUCCUGCAGAUUUGAUAUUGCUCCGGACAACAGAAUCAAGUGGCGCUUGUUUUAUUAGGACUGAUCAAUUAGAUGGUGAAACUGAUUGGAAACUAAGAUUAGCCGUGCCGUAUUGCCAAAAAUUACCAUCAGAUGAAAGUCUUUUGGACAUUAAUGCAGAAAUAUAUGCUGACAGUCCACAAAAAGAUAUUCAUAACUUUGUUGGAAAUUUUUCGAAAGCAGUAGCGGAAGAUAUUGUACCGCAAGUUGAGGCUCUUAAUGUUGAAAAUACGUUAUGGAUGAAUACAGUAUUGGCAUCAGGCACUGCUAUUGGAUUUGUUAUUUAUACCGGCAAAGAUACUCGCGCUGUAAUGAACACAAGUCAUCCAGAAACAAAAGUUGGAUUACUUGAUCAAGAAAUUAAUCGGCUUUCCAAGAUUCUAUUCUUGGUUACAUUGUUAUUAUCAUUGUUGCUUAUUGCUUUGAACGGAUUUCGGGGUCUCUGGUAUAUUUAUUUAUUUCGAUUUUUGAUCCUAUUUUCUUCGAUCAUUCCGAUUGGAUUACGUGUUAACUUAGAUAUGGGCAAAACUGUUUAUGGAUAUCAAAUUAUGAAUGAUAGAGAGAUCCCCGAUACAAUAGUACGAACCAGUACCAUACCUGAAGAACUUGGUCGUAUUGAAUAUCUUUUGUCAGAUAAGACCGGAACACUGACUAAAAAUGAUAUGGAGCUCAAAAAACUUCAUAUGGGAACCAUGGCCUAUAAUAUUGAUACCAUGGAUGAAAUUUCCAAUCAACUUGAUGCCGCAUUUGGAAAACAACAAGGAAAAGAUGUACAGAGAACAUCCCGUACUGCUACCUCUACUAUUUUGGUUGGAAAAAGUCGUAGAGAUAUGAGUUCUAGAAUAAAAGAUAUUGUAUUUGCCUUGGCGUUAUGUCACAAUGUUACUCCUGUAAUAGAAUCUGAUGAUUCAGAGGUUACAUAUCAAGCAUCUUCACCAGAUGAAGUUGCAAUUGUGAAAUGGACGGAACAUGUUGGUCUUACUCUUGUUUUCCGUGAUAUCAAUGAAAUGCAUCUUCGUACAAAACAUGGUGAUACUUUUGAAUUUCAAAUUCUUCAAAUAUUUCCAUUCACAAGUGAAACUAAGAGGAUGGGAAUUAUUGUUAAAGAUAAAGCUACCGAUGAAAUUUAUUUUUAUGAAAAAGGAGCAGAUGUCGUAAUGAGUAGGAUUGUACAAUAUAAUGAUUGGCUGGAUGAAGAAUGUGGAAAUAUGGCCAGAGAAGGGUUGAGGACUUUAGUUGUUGCCCGUAAAAAGUUAUCAGAAGAAGUAUAUAAUGAUUUUUCACAAAGAUACCAUGAAGCCAAAGUGAGUCUUUCAGAUCGUAAAGCUCAAGAACAAGCAGUUAUAAGUACAAUCCUAGAAAAUGAGUUAGAACUCUUAGGAGUAACUGGAGUGGAGGAUAAACUUCAGGAUGGUGUAAAGACCACCUUGGAAUUAUUGAGAAAUGCAGGUCUAAAAAUUUGGAUGUUAACAGGAGAUAAGAUUGAAACAGCAACAUGUAUUGCUAUAUCUUCAAAAUUAAUUUCAAGGAAUCAAACUAUUCAUCAAAUAUCUAAACUUCAAAGCAUUGAAGAUGCUCAUGAAGAACUGAUUAGUUUACAAACCAAAGGAGAUUUUUGUUUAGUAAUUGACGGUGAAUCACUACAAAUUUAUAUGGAUCACUAUCAGUAUGAAUUCAUUGAAUUGGCUGUAGAAUUGCCAGUAGUUGUUGCUUGUAGAUGUUCUCCUACUCAAAAAGCUGAUAUAACAAAACUUAUUAAGAAAUUCUCAAAUAAAAGAGUCUGUUGCAUAGGAGAUGGUGGCAAUGAUGUUAGCAUGAUCCAGGCAGCUGAUGUUGGUGUAGGGAUUGUAGGGAAGGAAGGUAAACAAGCUUCCUUAGCUGCAGAUUUUUCUGUAACUCAAUUCAGUUUUUUGACAAAAUUGUUAUUGUGGCAUGGUAGAAAUAGUUAUAAACGCUCUGCAAAACUAGCUCAAUUUGUCAUUCAUCGUGGUUUAAUAAUAUCAGUUAUACAAGCCGUAUUUUCUGCAAUAUUUUAUUUUGCUCCUAUUGCACUUUAUCAGGGGAUACUAAUUGUAGGUUAUUCUACAGUUUAUACAAUGGCACCAGUAUUUUCACUCGUAUUAGAUAAAGAUGUGAGAGAGGAUAUAGCAUUGCAAUUUCCAGAAUUAUACAAGGAUUUAAUAAAGGGUCGAUCAUUAUCAUUGAAAACUUUCUUUCAAUGGCUAAUGAUCAGUGUUUAUCAAGGUGGUGCAAUUAUGAUCAUGUCAAUUGUACUCUUUGAAGAUGAAUUUAUAAACAUUGUUUCUAUUUCUUUUACUGCUUUAAUUCUUAAUGAAUUGUUGAUGGUAGCUUUGGAGAUUAAUACAUGGCAUAGAUUAAUGGUUUUAUCGGAAAUUAUUACAUUGGCCAUUUAUAUUGUUUCAAUGAUAUUUUUGCCUACUUAUUUUGAUUUAACAUUUAUUUUAACUGAAACAUUUGUUUGGAAGGUGCUCGUAAUAACAGCUAUUAGCAGUUUGCCGUUAUAUAUUGUAAAAUUUUUGAGAAGAAGAUAUUCUCCACCUAGUUAUCUUAAACUUACAUAGAGAUAAAAUUUCUUAUUUUUGUAGUAUAAUGAAUAAGUUUUUGGCAAAAAAAAAUCCAAACUUUAUAAUAAUCAAAAUCUAGGAUAACUAAUCAUACAAGAAAUAAAUAGAGACUAAUCAUAUACAGACGAAUCAAAAGAUUGUACAAUUCAAAAUAUUUUAGUAUAGUAAAAUACAUUUAUAUUUUAUAUUACGUCGAUUUGAUAAUUUUAUAUUAAAUUAUAAAAUUUACAUAGAAUUACGUUAUUAUGUCAAUUCAUCGAUAUAUAAAAUCAAUUCGGUGAGAAAGAAUGCAAUGAGUUAUACAACAUUAUAGAAAGAAUAGUUAUUUGAGGAAAAAAAAAAGAAUG